CUUAACUUUCCGAUCGUACAUUUGAUCGAACCGUUGUCCUCUAUUGCAAGCAUGGCGACCUUAGCACCUCCGAAAGCCGUCAGUCCUUUGAUAAGGUUUGGGCGAUACACAGCACUUCUUGCAGGUUUCAUGUAUGGGGCCAGCAACCUAAAAAGACUAACAAGAAAGGAAGAGAAAAUUCAGGAACAUGAGAACAAAUUGCGGGCUAUACGCAAUGCAAAGCAUCAGGCAGAGAAGGAGAAGCUUGCUAAACUUGAAAUGGAUGCACUGGGCCGAGAAGUUGGAGUUUUACCAAAAUAGUUCCAUUAUUUUUCAUCUUCAGAAGGACAGAAUAUAGUAUCAAAGUACAGUGACAUUGCAAUUGUCCAGUUACUGGAGUGGGGGGGAAAAAACAUAAUAGUUGAUAAAUUAGUUGCUUGGAAAUAAAUUUUGAAAUUUGUUUUUUUAAAACAAA